CAUAAGAAAAGCAAGACUUGCAAAGCACAAAGAACCCUUUUACGUCGUAAUUUUGCGGACAAAGGCUUUUUUCAUAUCAACAAAUUGAUUCCCACACUGUUUUUUAAUCAUUACAGUAUUGAAUAUCAUUAGAUACUGUUUCUGUUUACAUAUUGUUUUGGUUACAGCACAUGCGUAUUCCUUGUGCGUCACAAGUACAGUUUUAGGUGCGUGUAAUAGUGGAAACCCAAACACUGGAUUUAUCAAUUUGCGAGUAGUUUUAUGAAACAGGGACUUAAUAACAAAGAUGACUGUCAAAGACACUGCCUGUUCAGACCCCUCGAAUCAAUCAAUGGCGAAACGACAGAAAGUCGCAGCAGAUGAGGACAAACAGAUAUCAGAUGAAAUGAUUGGUGCAAUAUCUGUUGCCAUGGAUUCAAAAGCAGACAUGAACAUAGUGGAGUUCAGUUACAAUAUCUCUGACACAGAACUCGCGCCCGGUGAUCCUAUAUCUGAUUCUGAGCUUCCACCUAGAAUAAAAAAGGACAAAAAGAAAAAGAAAAGGCACAGUAAAGAAAAGUCAAAGACGGUUACAGCAGACGACACCAAUACUCAAGGCACAGACGGAAAGACUCAAGGCACAGACG